AUGGCCUCGCAGUCCUUGGUAGUCGAUUGGUCCCAGGCCUUCCACGGCAAGAUCCAUCAGAAGCUUCUGUACCACGCCGAGCGAAAGCCCCAGUCCAUUGACCCAGGCAACGUUGAAGCAGCGAGUGAUCCCGAAACCGAGAAGAAUUCCAGUGAGGCUUCAUCAUCAGGGUCCUCAACUGGGUCUGAGAGUCCUAUGGGUUCUCCUGAUGUUGGGGCACCCGCUGCAGCUUCACAUGUCCUUGAAUCCCCUGAACAUCGUAAGCAGGAUGACAUGGAAGUUUCAACAUCAGAUGCUAGAUCAAAGCGUACAUCAAGUGCGGCGUUGUUGGCCCCAUCCGGUCUCUCAGGAGAAGUUGAUCGCAGAUUGAAGCAAAGGGUUCAGCAUAUCGUUGUUGAAGGAGAAGAGUUGCUUGACCUUGAUGAAAAGAUGCUAGACUUCGAAGCGGAUCUAAAUGUUCACCAAGACUGGUGGUUUGAUGCUGGAGGCCAAGGGGGAGGGGAGGUUCUCAGGGAACGAUGGGCAAAAAGGACUGAGGAUGAAGGACCCCCACAAUGCUUUGAAGAGGACCUGCAAUCCCUUGACCUCGAGGCUGAAGCGUUUGAAGCAGAAAAGCUCUUAAAGAUGAAGGUCCUUGAACCCACUCAAGAAGAGCCUCCAUCGGAACUUGUGCUGAACACCCGCUAUGUGCAUGACUGGCUUUCGAGAUGGUUGGGUCAGACGGGCAAGACUGGUAGGCUUCAGGAAGGGAACAAAAUUCUCGGAAAGCUGGGUGAGAAGUAUGUGAUGACUCUUACGGGCCCAAUUCGAGAUCCAGGAGAGCAAAUUCGAUUUUCGAAGCGGUUGUUCGUGAUUGAGGAGGCAGGCCUUGCAAUGUACAGUGACCCCAAGUACUUGCAGAAGAUGGCAAAGCUCUUAGGCAUCACCCGACCUAGGAUGCGCAAGGACACGAUUGCGCUCUCGAGCUGCGAAAGUGAGCUCAUCAGUGCUGUUUCAGGCUGUGCGGAUGGCUUGUAUAUCAAGAGCACCGUGGAAGCCAUGACCAAGAACAAAUGCAACAUGAUGGACGGUGUCUUCUCAGUGAAGCCUAUCCCGACGCGUCUCAACACAUCCGAUGCUGGUAUUCUAGGUGCCAAAGAGUUCCAGCGCCAAGGGUAUGCGCACAACAUCGGCAAGGUGACGAAAUCUCAGCGAAAAGCCAUGCUUGGAGUGUUGAUGGUGGUGCUUCAGAGUGAGGGUGCGCAUGCCCAUGAUGCUGAUCCCACAACAAGCUCAACAUUGCAGCGGAUCCAUGACAUGCUUUCGAUGCUCCAAGUGUGGAUUGAAAUGUUCAUGGUAGAGAAGGACAUUCAAAGUUGGACGGUCUUUAUCUUUGUCGUCAUCUUCACAUUGUCCAUGCUUUCAUUCUUUGUCGGGGUGAUCGUUGGCCGUGCAUGUUUUCCCAAGAAGACAAGUGGUGCUAUUCAAAUCAUUGAGAAGAAGACCGAAGUAGAGAAGAUCAUCGAAACAGCAUCUUCCUCCUCAGCCCCAGCUACUGAACGCCUUGAGCCGACUUUUCCAGUGGAUACCAGCACAAAGAUUGCCAUAACGAAAUUCGGUUGGCAGCGGCCGGCCUCCCGUGCUGUCGACGAUAGCAUCGCUGGCCGCUUCCGCGCAAUGCUUGAGCUGACUUUCGACUCGCCUGUUUUCCGUGCUUUGCUGCUCCGCCGGCUCCGCUUGCCUUUGCCGCUCGGGCGUGCCAGCGGCCGUGCCGUUGCGGCCAACGGGGCUUCAGCUGCCCGCUGCGCUGGGGCACGGGGCUGGCAAGCACGGGGGAAGGCCGAUGGCUCGGCCAGCAUCGACACUCGCUGCACCGGAGAUCGGCAGGAAAGGCGUUCCGGGUGGCAACUUCGGUGCACCACGGGCCGCCAGAUCCGCAGCGACGUGAUCCUUCAAGUGGGAGUCCAAGCGGUCCAGGCGCACGAAGCUGCAAGCUACGGCAUGUGCUACACGGAUGCACGAGGCGAACUUCAAUGCAAAGGCUUAAGCGAGCCGCGCCGGUAG